ACCAGAUCAAGAUAUUGAGAUACAGUGUGUGAUUUUUUGGACUUGCGGUAGACGGUGGUUGUGAUCAUUGCUUAGUUUAUUUUGGCAAUCUGUGAGAACUUCUCAGUUUCUUUGCCCAGCCAGAAUUCCUGUGGUGGCUGCCAGCAGAAAUGUCCAUCGAACAGACGGCCUGCGAAGACCUGAAGGCGUUCGAGCGUCGUCUGACCGAGGUCAUCACAUGCCUGCAGCCAUCCGCCCUGCGCUGGCGAGUUGUCCUGGUGACUGUUUCAGCAUGCACGGCCAUCGGUGCAUACCAGUGGCUCACGGAUCCAACCACAUCGGAGGUGGCUUUCGUCCAGUCACUCUUCAACCACCUGUUCUUUGCCAUAUCGACACUGACGCUAGCAAUUCUGUUCUUAAUGGGUAUCCACAAGCGAGUGGUAGCUCCAAGCAUCAUCUGCUGCCGAACCCGCCAGGUGCUGGCUGACUUCAACAUGUGGUGUGAUGACACCGGCAAACUGGUGCUGAAGCCGCGUCCCACCGCUUCCUCGUGACGGCGCCUCUCCGUUUGACACUAGCGCCGCUGCGGCCGACGAGUCAGCUGCAAACUCCGUCGCCGCCCAGCAAAUGGCACUGGUCACAGCUAGGGACGACUGCGUUUGCCUUCAUGCUGGCGCCAGGAUGUGAUGCAACCCUAAGCCGGACGGGUGGCGACGGUGAAUGUGUUUUAUCUGGUCAAUGUUUUACGUGUCGCCCGGCUGAUCGCGAUCCGACGAGAGUGGCGUGGGGAGUUAUCGGUCCAAUAAUUCCGUCAGCGGUCUGUUACAUAUAUACCGGUGUUCCCAGAGCGUUGACCUUUCAGGCUGGUGCUAAUAGAGGCUAACGGGACCGAUGGACUGACUCGUAAGCGUUGGAUUGACCGAUGCAAUGGACCGACCGAUGUGAGCAUCGAGAUGGUGUGCUGUAGACCAGCUUUUUGGUUGGUAUUCAAACCAGCUACAAUGUGCAUACUGCAUUAUACAAUAUAUGUAUCAACGAGC